ACUGCUGCAGUAACAGGAUGCAUAAAUGUUACUUCAGACAGGAUGUGAAACCGAUGAUUCUCCUAUAAAUGUGACAGAAGCUGUUUGUUCGGAGAAGGUGUGUUGUUCUGAUGACAGGAAGUGGUGCAGGACAUCCUUCUGUCAGUCACUGGUCUUUCAGUCUCCAUCCAGACAUCAUGACGCUUCCAUCAGCGUGUCUGCUGCUCGGAGUCUCCGCUGUUCUGCUGGCAGGAGGAACUGUCUCUGAAGUGUCUCUGAUCGUCAGACCAGACCUUCAGCAGUUCUUCAGUGGACAGUCAGUGUCUCUGAGUUGUGAGGAUGGACAGACAGCUGAUGGGUGGACAGUUAAAAGGACCAAAGGAACACUCACUGAAACCUGUGGAGCAUCCGGAUCAGACUUUGGAGUGUUUAAGGACUCCUCCUGUGUCCUUGACCUUUUGUCUUCUUACACUGGAGUUUACUGGUGUGAAACCAGUGCAGGACAGAGGAGUGACCACAUCAAUAUCACUGUUAACCAGAAAGAAGACAGGGCUUUUAUUCUGGAGGUCCCUGCUCUUCCUGUGGCGAAAGGAAGUAACGUCACUCUGCAUUGCCGUCACAAAGAUGGCUCCACCCGUGCCGCUUAUUUCUACAGGAACAGUCAUAUUAUUGGAGAGGGAGUCAAAUCUCAGAAGGCCAUUAUCCACAGAGUCCAACAGUCCGAUGAAGGUUCCUACUGGUGUUCUACUGACACUUCUGGAUCAUCACCUCAUAGCUAUCUGAGAGUCAGAGAUCCUCCUCUCCCUCAACCAUCUUCCCACCCCAUGACAGCUUCCACUUCUUCAGCUGAUGGUGCUAAUCAUACAGCAAGUUCUCCUUCUCCUUCUGUGUCAUUGGUGCACCUCCUGUGCCACCUGCUGGUCCUCUGCCCGUACUGCGUGUGCAGCAUCCUGCUGGCUUCAAUCUGCUGCAGCAGGGGCUCGGGAAACCAGGAUGUGGUUUCCAUAGAAACCACCCAGCUUGGUGAACUGGGUGAUGUUGCUGCUGAUGUCACUACAGAGCAUGAGUUCUGAUGGAGCGUUUGGGUCUCAUGUCCGGCUGCUUAGCCACAAACAGGAAACCUGGACCCGGAACCCAACCAAUCAGAGCAGCUUUUGAAAGGAAGUCUCACUUCCUGCUCAGCUUCUUCUGAGUGAAAUAAGAUCUACUGACACUUGGACCACCAGCAGCACCAAGCUGCUCAGUGUGCUCACAGCACUGAAAAUACUGAUCCAGCUUUAACCCGAGCUGGAUCAGGUCAGAACACAGAGCAAGUACAGACGUUUUUCAACACUGUGAGGAAGCAAAUAAUAAAAGAAGACAUUUCUAUUCACCUGAAAAUAUAUUUACUAAUUAUACAAAGAUUAAUUUGAUCAAACUGAUCUUUUCUUUUUUUUUUUUUUUUCUUUCAAUGUUUGAAUAUUUGAGCGUGUCCUGUGAGAUUUAAUUACCUUACUGUUAUGGAUUUCUAUGUUUGUUAUUAUUACUUCCCGCAAUGAUAAAAAAUGAUGGUAAUCAGCAGAUAA